AUGUUUCGCGUCUUUGUAGGUUUGUUCUCCCUUUUUAUCGUGGCUUGGGGUAAGUACACAUUACAAGUUGUCAAUGUUGCCAAGCUAAAAGCACUGUGCUGAAGAAUUAAACAGUUUUAUCAAUGAUUCCUGGUACCAACAUCCUUUUCCGGUUUAACCAAGUUCUUUUUUUGUUUUAAAUUUGUCUGAAUUCCCUGCAUGAACUCUGUUGAAACUGUUUAUAAUACUUUUUGUACUCUGUUUUCUUAGUUUCUCUUUGUUGUCAUGUAGUCUUGGGGUGUAUGGUACUUUUGGGGCGAUAUUCUUUCGAAUAAACAGUAUAGGAUUCACGCACGUCUCAAAACUUGAAGCCUCUUUCGAACAAGUCUCAGCUGUGUCAAACCAGGACUAUCCAGUCACUUUCAUAUACUGGUAUUCUAUAGCUUUAAUACGCUGAGUACUAUAAAUAUAAAAAUGUACUCCAGUCACUAGUGGCCUAGAAGACCAUCUGUCCUAAAAAGAGAAGUGUUGUAAAUAAGCGAAAGGAAUAUGGCAUUCUUCAAAUUUCCUGCCUAUUUCUUCCUUGUCCCUUUUUUAUGUUGUUGGAACAGAUGUCGGCUGAGACCGAACAGGAGUGGGCCAUAUUUUCUCAAUCGUGAUAUUAAUUGAAACUAAUUAUUGCUUUUAGGCUGUAAGGAUGUUCUUGAUUGCAAGCCAUAUGAUCUUAUGGGACUCUGUUACAAUCCCAAGUACUUCAAGCCGUUGAAGAAAUACUGUGAAAGAACAUGCAAUCUAUGCAGUAAGGACUCAUAUUUUACUCAUUUUUACCUGAUUUCAAGUCAAUCCAAAGUAAAACAUGGCAGCAAAUUCCUGCUCAUAAUAACAUCAGUUGUUACGGUCAGAAACCUUAACGAUGGAUAGUUUUUAAAUCACCUUCCGUUAUGUUUCAUUAUCAGUUUGUGAGAAUGGUUUAAUCAUAACUCAGUAGGCCGAAUCCGUUUCAUUCUUAUUUCUACUCAAAAGAAAUUAAGAUGCAAUCAGCACGUACUACACCUUUUUCUCUGCAAUUAGCCCUGGCCGCAAUGAGUUAUUUCAAUUUUCCUUUCUGCUUUGUUUGUUGUCCCCGCCUCGAUUAGCUCUCUCUUUACGUUGGUAAUGUAUGUUUCUGACCAACGUGUCUAGUCGGUUCGAAUUGAUGCAGAAAGUGAACCAAACUUAUAGGGAGAAAGCCUCUGAGACAAAGGUUCCAUAAAACGAGUAAGAGCUAGAAUGAUGAAAGGAGGCUGCACGUUUUUCUCUCCUGUAUGUGUGAUACACCCGGUUUCAAUUUAUUUUGGUGUUUUGUAUUAGAUGCCACUGCACCUGAGCCACCUCCGAUACCAGUGCAACCAGGAUUAGCCCUGGGUAAGAAAAUGCCUUAUCUUGAAUAUUAUUACAGUUUAAUUUUAAUCUUUAGAAAUUAAAGUUUUACUGAAAGGUCGUGUUGACUUGAGUAAAAUGCUAAAAGGAUUGUAUCCAGGUUCAAAAAAAUAAUAUUGUUUGCGUUAACGUCCUGAACUAAUAUAGGAAGUUUCGCGUUGUAGUCGGGCAGUGACGGCAAGGCUAUACACUAUUGUUACUUGGACACAUUUACCCCUUAAAGAGAUGCUUAAGGUUUAUAAAAUUUUCGCUUCAUCAGCUAUUCGUUAGGCUCAAAAUUCACCAUAUCGUUUUUAUCGUUACGCGUAAGCACAUUUCGACAUGCGGGCCAAUCAACAUGCAGGAUGUUCAGAGGCGGAUCUAGGGGAAUGGUGAAAAGGGGUGCGCACCCCCUCCCCUGAGAUGACGACCAACACGACACAUUACGUUUACAGCAUUGUCUUAACACUGUGCAGCCCGCUUUACAGUUAUACAAAAUCUGCUGUGUGAUUUGAUAUGUAUUCUCAGCAGUUCACAUUAUGUUAUUGCCUAGUCAAAAGCCUUCUUCUUCUUAUUCGCUUUUAAAAUUUGUUUUACGUCACCAGUCAGUUACAUCAUUCCUUAGUCAGUGCUGCACCCCCUCUUAAGAAAAAUCCUGGAUCCACCCGUGAUGUUUGUUACAUGGCCUUGGCUCCCACAAGUGUUCUGUAGCUUAGUUGCAGAGAAUCUGGACUAGCAACCUUGAUAAACGAGGCCACAGGUUGGUCUCCUAUCAGGAGUACUAGGAUUUAUCUUCCUAGUCGCCUGUGUCACUGAUUGAAAAACAUCUUUUUGAACUUUUAACUGCUAAAUUUUUUAGGUGAGUGUGGUAGAACUGUGGUUACUCAGGGCCGAGUUAUCGGGGGCGUAGAUGGGCAACAUGGAUCAUGGCCCUGGCAAGUUGGUCUGUACGUUGGGGACUCUAAGUUCUCUUGCGGAGGCUCCCUCAUUAAACCAGACUGGGUCUUAACAGCAGCGCAUUGCAUCGAUCCAAAACUGCAAGUCAGCGAUUAUCGAGUUCGCUUGGGAGACUGGCAUCGCUUCUAUUAUGAUGGUACAGAGCAGAUCCGCAACGCGUCCAAAGUCAUUGUGCAUUCACAGUACCAUCGUCCAUACCUUAUCAACAACGACAUUGCUCUCAUCAAGCUCGAUCGCCCAGCGUUGCUAAACAGUCACGUGAACACCAUCUGUCUUCCUCAGCGUGGAAUCAGUGCACCUUUAAAUAGCACCUGUUAUAUUACAGGUAAGUUAAUAUUUCUUCCUUUUAUGUGUGUUUAUGUUCGUUAUUAUUGAUUGAUUGAUUAUUGACCAAGCGUAGGGAUGGCUAGAUAUUGGCUACAUUCUUUUUAGCGUUUUUCUGGAUCGAGAGGAUGUCGUGUUCUAUAUAAACGCAAAACAAUAACGAGGCUAAUAUUCUGCCAUAUUGGCCAAAACAAGCUUGUUCAAUAAAGGAUUUAUUACUAUGGCCAAAAAGAUAUUUAUUUUUGCGGGACCAACGCGGGAAAUUCUGAGCGUGUCGCUUGGGUUGCCAAUCAGAACACAGGGCUCGCUUCAUCUUGCCCACUCAAACGCUGAGCACGCAGCAAUCUAACAGUAGUAUGUUUUGCUGGUUGGCAAUUGACUGAGAAUAUAUAGCUCAAUGGAGAGGAAAGUUUUGAUUUAAAGUCCCGAACCCAAAACUGCCCUCACUUAUCUUGAAAAGGAGGAAGAAUCCAAAGAAAGUUUAAUUAAAAUGGAACGUUCCUACCCAUGUUUGCUUAUGAGCCAAAGUUUAACUAUUUGAGGGACGGUAGAGGAAGUAGAAACGUAUGAAUAAAGCCUCAAAACAAUAGGAUUAAUAUUAACCAAAGGAAAAUAACUUCUGCGAAUAUUAUGGAGGCAAAACAAUUUACUAAUCGAGCCCAACAAUUCUCUCUUUCUCUCCAGGAUGGGGUAAAGUUAAAUUUCCAGGAGGCUCUUACCACAAACUUCAACAAACCCAGCUGCCCCUCGUAUCCAACAGGGAAUGCUCAGCGAAGAUCCUCGCCUCUCCGGUGGCGGGAAAACUACACAUAACUAAACAAAUGGUCUGCGCAGGAGAGCUGAACCCCACUCGAUUGCAGGGUGGUUGUCAUGGUGAUAGUGGAGGUCCAUUUGUUUGUAAAGACACGCUAUCUGGGAAGUUUAUCUUGGAAGGAGCUGUUAGUUGGGGCUCUUCAAACUGCAAUUUUAUCCAAGAGAAUAAACAAUACACCGUUUUCGCUCGUGUCAGCGAGUUUCGUGAUUGGAUAGAUCAACAAAUUGCCAAUAACUAA